CCUUAUUAUUCUUCUUUGCAAAAUGAAAGGUUUUGUUACUCCUUUAAAGAAACGAAAUGAUUGGAGACAAAAUAGUUUUAUACCUGAAGAAAUACGAAAUUAUGCAAAAAGUAUUCAGUUGUUGGAAACUAAUGACGGUUCCCCUUGUUUCUAUUGUCCUGUUUGUAAGGUUACUGUAGAACCAACCAAAAGCUUUCUUCAGAAGCACGUGAGCGAUGUUAAACACCGAAAGAAGACUCUUAUCUAUCAUAGUGAAAAUGAAUUUACUCUAAAGGAACAACAAAAAGUCCUAAAGCCAACAUCAGACACUAGGGAACUUGAUGAACAGAUGAUGAAUAGUCGAGAAUACUACAAGUCUACUUCCUUCUCAGAAACUUUAUCUACUUCUAGUCUACCCGUUUCUAGCCAUACAACUCCUAAUUUAAGUUCAUUGUCCUAUUCUACACAAACACUUGUUCAGUUACAAGAGAAUGGUUACUGUUUUUAUGGCGGUCAUUAUUGUUACCACCCAAAGACAGAAACUGACUUGGAAGAGGUUAGAAUGGGUUCAUCUAUUAUGCCAGUGUCUUUGAAAGAUGUCUUGGUUGUUUCUAGACCUCUCAGUGGUUCAGAAUAUAAUGAAAGCUUAUCUACUUCAGAGUUAGUUGAACCCCCAUGGCUAUCAUCAACUAUCAAAGACAAAUUUGGUUCUGAAAGUAUUUAUUAUUGUUUAUCGGAGGAACUAAAGUUAUUUGAACAUUAUAUAAGUUACAAUUCAUCAGAUGUGAAUCAAAGACGAGAAGUCAUGUUAUUUUUCAAAGACAAGUUGCACAACAUAUGGGAGGAGAGUUCAGUGAAUGUAUUGGAUGAUAUGGCUAUACAAUAUCAUCUUCCUUUUGAUUCCGUUUUGUUAUCUUUGACAACUUCUCAUUGGACCCAUAAUAGGGAAGAACUGUUACUACAAGAAUUGGAUAAAAAUGAUAAUCAUUGGCAAUUUUGUAAAAUACCGAGAGUUAUUGAAAGACAAGGCAUUGAAAUGUUGUGGAUAGUUGAACAAGUUGUUGGAGUUUCUAUUCAAGUUUUAAUAUAUGUAGGAAACAACCCUAUUUCCUAUAUAGAAAGACCGCCUUAUUUAUCUGAUAUUUUGGAAGAUACCGAGUUGCGUUGUAUUCUGUUAUGUAUCAAAUAUAUGAUCUAUUUACAACAAAAUAUUUGUCAUUUUUCAGAUAUUUAUGUUUCAUGGCUAUUAUUACAAGACAAGAAAGUUUGUAGUUUUCUUUGGGGUUCUUCUUUUCAGCAGAAUCAUACUCGAGGAUAUAUUAUGAUGCAAUUGUUAUAUUUAUUGGGUGAAGUAUUGUCUCAUGUGGCAUUGGGUUAUUCGGAAGAUUGGAAGUUGUUGUCUUUAUCAAAAGAUGAAAAGUAUUUGAGAGAUACUUAUGGAAAUUUUGCAGCUAUAUGUAGACAAGCUUAUCAAUGGUUGACUCAUUGGGAUAAUUGUUGUCACUGAUAACCACUUGCAGAAGAAGAAAUGGGUCGUCAACUCG